CGGAAGCGGCGGCGGUGGCGGCCAUGGGCGCCCGGCGGCUGGAGGCGGCCGUGGUGGAGCUGCAGCCGGGACCGGGACCGGCACAGGACCGCGAUGCGUUUCAGAGAGCAGCGCAGAGAGAGGGCACGCAGAGCGCCAGCCCGUGGUGAUCCUGCUGGGCUGGGCGGGCUGCCAGGACAAAUACCUGGCCAAGUACAGCGCAAUCUACAGCCAGAAAGGUUGCACUGUCAUCCGCUACACGGCUCCAUGGAGGAUGAUAUUCUUCUCGGAGACCUUUGGCAUCAAAUCGCUGCAGACCCCAGCCAGGCAACUCCUGGAGCUGCUCUUUGACUACAGGGUUGAAGACAGACCGGUCCUUUUCCAUGUUUUCAGCAACGGUGGCGUCAUGCUGUACCGUUACAUCCUCGAGGCGCUCCACACCCACCAGCCGUUCCGGAACCUCAGAGUAGCCGGCACCAUCUUCGACAGCAGCCCCGGCAGAAGAAACCUGAUAGGAGCCCUUCGCGCCCUGGCCAUCGUCUUGGUCUCCAUGAACGUGCUGCUCAAGUAUUUCCUCCUGCUCACCUUUGCCACGGCCGCCGUGGGGCUGAAGGUGCUGCUGUACCCCCUGACGCGCUUCCUGCACGAGAGCCACUACGACGCCCUGCUGAAGGCGCCCUCGCGCUGGCCCGAGCUGUACCUCUACUCCCAGGCCGACGCCAUCAUCAGGGCCAGCGAGGUGAAGUGCAUGGCUGACACCAGGCAGCAGCUCGGGGUCCCCGUGAAGGCCGUGGACUUCUCGGACUCGGCCCACGUCAGCCACAUGCGGGUGUAUCCCACCUACUACAGCAGCCUCUGCACCACCUUCCUGUCCGACUGUGUGGGCGGCUCACCCCCCUAGGCGCCGUAAAGACCCUCAGUGUUUGCUUUGCUCAGCUUGUAAGGGAAAUUGUCACCCCCCUUUGCCUUCGUGUCUUUGAAGGGAGGAAAGCAGAGACUUCUUGUUUGGUUUGGUUCUGCUCUUUUUCCCCCUCACCCCUGCCUGCCAAGUCUGGAAGCCUCCAGCCUGGUCUUUGGACCAGCCACAUUACAGCAGAAAGUAGAUAUGGAUUAAUUUAUAGUACCGAAGGUGAAAUCCUGUCAUGGUUCAUGUUGAUGUACUUUGCCAAGGUGUCACAGACCAGAGUUUCACACUGUUAUUUGUUUCUUCCUGUCUCUUCUUGUUCUCUGCUUUCUGUGUUGUCUCCUUGUCCCUGAUGUCCAAUGUGCAUGUUCUGUGGCUUGUACUGAUUUAACAAUACAGCUCUUUCAUGUCUU